AUGGAGAGCGUAUUUGGGAUGGCGCCGGAAAUGGAGCUGCCCGCCUAUCUGCAAGCGUUGAUGCAUCACCUGGGCAGCUCUUACAUUUGCCUUUGGUCCCAUCUCCCCCAUCGCCACCCUCAUAAUAACUCUGUAUCCAGCCUGCUCGUUUUCGCCGGAGGCUUCUACCACCAGCACCAGCCAAUACCCUCCUCCUCAUCUUCUUCUUCUCCUCGAUCGCCUCCUCCGUCUUCAGCAGCAGCCAACCGGCAUUUCCAGGACUACACACGGUCAACAUUCACUCCCAUCAUCGAUCGAGUUCCGGGGCACGCCUUCUUGAUCAACCACCCGUACGUAGAGCUGAGCGAAUUACCGGAGCUGCUGCGAAUGGCGUCCAAUCUUUCACAGCGCCUCUUCUACCAGACAGCAGUGUUUAUGGGUUGCAGAAGUGGCGAGAUCGAGCUCGGCUGGUCUAAUCCGACGGCUCAACAAAUGAGCAUCGAGGGGGAGCUGAUGAAGCUUUUCCCCGACGACUUCUCCAGGCUUCUAACGACGACGACGGCAGCGAAUAAUAAUAAUACGGGGCUGCCGCCGCGGCCGUCCUCCUCGUCCACCUCCUCCGUCAGAUCAUCCGCGCUCUCACUUGAUCACAACAGCCCUGAGUACUCAUCUUUCCUCCUCAACCUCACCGCCAAUACCGCCGCCACCUCUUCCCCCGCCUUCCACCCUCCUCCACCGCCACGUCAGCCGUACGCGGGGCUGUUUCCGAGUACUCAAAUGGCGAGUAUGGAGGACGCCGCCAUGACCAGAGCCUUGCUGGCUAUCUUCACCUCUGCUCCCCCAACUGCUGCUGCGGCUCCAUCUAAUCAUCAGGGCCGCGGCGGCGGCCGGAUGCCACGUCGGACUACUACUACUACUACUGCUUUCAAGAAGUUCGCUGCUGCUGCAACUCCUCCUCCUCCUACGCGAGGAGUGAGAGUGGCGGGGCAAAGCAUGUUCAAGAGGGCGAUUACGUACUACAGGAGGAGCUUCACGACGAUGACGAGGUCGGCGAGGGACAUGAGUCAUCAGCUGCCCUGCAGCCGUCCCACCACCACGCAGCUCCACCAUAUGAUAUCGGAGCGCCGCCGCCGCGAGAAGAUCAACGACAGCUUCCACUCCCUCCGUUCCCUCCUCCCUCCCGAUGCCAAGAAAGACAAGGCGUCGGUGCUGAGCCGGACGAAGGAGUACAUGAGCUCCUUGAUCGCCCAAGUGGCCGACCUGGCAGAAAGAAACCGCCACCUCGAAUCCAAACUUGAUCACCUCCUGAAUUCCCGACCACUGCCACCAGCUGCUACUAGCAGUACUGUCCCCGUCAGGAUCAAAGCAGCCGCCGCCGCCGCCGCGCCGGAGUACUCAGGACCAGAAGGAACGAUUCCGUGCGAGCAGAGGGUGGUAGACGUACGGCUGAGAACAGUGGAGGAAACGACGACGACGUCGUCGGAGCAGCACGGCCGCGUGGUGGAGCUGCAGGUCAGUGUCGGAGGAGGAGAUCAGUCGUCGUCGUCGUCGCUGGUCUCGGAUGUGGUGAUUCGGGUGCUGGAGUUUCUCCGACAAGUCAACAACGUUGACUUGGUGGCCUUGGAAGCAAAUGCCAGCACAGACACAUUAGGCCAACCAUCUGCUGCCGCGUCGACGGCGGAGCCGACGCCAAGUAUCAGCCGAGCUGUUUUCCUGCUGCAGAUUGAGGGAGAUGACGAAUGGGACGAAGCCGCCUUUCAGGAAGCAGUAAGAAGGGUGGUUGCUGACCUGGCGCAAUCCAACCACCCAUUAACCCUUUUGCAGAAAGCUUGAUUGAUGGGGAGAAAAGAAACCAAGAAGAAGUUUGUAGGC